GUUCUGGGUUUUGUUUUUUAGAGAGAAAGAGGGAGAUUCAUCAUCGUGUUGCUUAAAUGCUUGGACGAUGCUUGGAUUGAUUUUCUUAACCAGAAUAGCAAAUGGUGCUCCUUCGUCACUUAUUAGAUAUUGAAGACAGUGAAAGUAUUGACAAGAAGGCCUUAUCAAAUGGAGAAGUCUACAUUGGUAUUUUCAAGGGAACACUUCCUCAUGGUAAGGGUAAAUAUAUAUGGUGUGAUGGAACAGUCUACAAGGGUGACUGGGAAGAAGGUAAAAUGACUGGGAAAGGACAGAUACUUUGGUCUUCAGGAGCAAAAUAUGAAGGUGAUUUCUCUGGCGGUUACCUUCAUGGAAUUGGCACCUUGAUAGGACAUGAUGGGUCCGAAUACAGAGGGGCCUGGAGAAUGAAUGCACGGCAUGGGCUUGGAAGGAAACAAUAUUCUAAUUUAGAUGUUUAUGAGGGUUCUUGGAAGGAAGGGAUGCGUGAAGGCUGUGGUAAGUACUCUUGGAAUAAUGGAAAUACAUACAUGGGGAAUUGGAAAGGUGGAAAAAUAUGUGGCAGGGGGGUUAUGAAAUGGGAAAACGGUGAUCUUUUUGAUGGCUUUUGGAUAAAUGGUCUUAGACAUGGAUCUGGAGUUUAUAGGUUUGCAGACGGGGGAUACUACUUUGGAAUGUGGAGUAUGGGACUUAAGGAUGGAAAAGGGACAUUUUACUCAGCUGGAACCAAGCAUCCAUCUCUAAGGAGGUGGUGCAGCUCCUUAGGCUGUUAUGAAAGUGGAAGAAAUUUGUUGUCUCAUAGUUCAUCUUUAAAUUCAGAGAAAACCAGGGUUCUUAUACCAAAUGACAUGCGCAGUCUAUCUGAGAGAAUGUCAAUCAAUGGAAUCUUUAAAGAUUCUGGCCGAUUCUCACUAGGAACUGUCUCACUAGAUGAAAAUUCAAGCCGUUGUAGCCUUGGCAGUGAAUUUAUAUGCCGUGAACCAUCAUGUAUGCUGUCCCAAACCUCUGAUGAGGGUCAAAGAGGUGUGCAGGAUAACUGUACAGUAGUUUAUGAGAGGGAAUACAUGCAGGGAGUUUUGAAAAAUGAGAAAGUUAAAAAUACCGAACCAUCCCGCAAAACUAAACAGAGAAACAAAUUUGAUGUGAAAGUAACAAAAAGGAAGUCAUAUGUGGACAUUUUCCAAGGCCAUUGGAGUUAUUAUCUAAUGCUUAGUUUGCAACUUGGUAUAAGGUACACUGUUGGCAAGAUUACACCAGUGCCUAUGCGUGGAGCUCGAGAUUCUGAUUUUGGAGAUCGAGCUAGAAUAAGGAUGUAUUUCCCCAGAAAGGGUUCCCAGUUUACACCUCCACACUAUUCUAUUGAUUUCUAUUGGAAAGACUACUGCCCUAUGGUCUUCAGGAAUUUAAGGGAGAUGUUUAAGCUCGAUGCAGCUGAGUACAUGAUGUCCAUCUGUGGUGAUGAUGGUCUAACGGAGCUUCCUUCCUCUGGAAAAAGCGGCAGUAUCUUCUUUCUUUCACAUGAUGAUAGAUUUGUGAUUAAGACAUUAAAAAAGUUCGAACUGAAGACCCUUCUAAAGAUGCUUCCAGAAUAUUACGAUCAUGUAGGGAAGCAUGAAAAUACUCUCAUCACAAAAAUUUUUGGGGUCCACCGAAUAACAUUGAGAGGUGGGAAAAAGGUACGCUUUGUAGUCAUGGGAAAUAUGUUUUGCACAGAAUUAAGAAUUCAUGAUCGCUAUGACCUGAAGGGGUCAACUCAAGGGAGAUACACAGAUAAAGACAAGGUUGGAGAAAAUACCACAUUAAAAGAUCUUGAUCUAGCAUAUGAGUUUCAUAUGGAUAAGUUGUUGCGUGAAUCUCUUUUCAAAAAUACUUUCCUCCUGUGCAGGCAACUCUCUUUGGACUGCAGUUUUUUAGAAUCUCAACAGAUAAUUGAUUAUAGUCUUCUAUUGGGAAUACAUUUUAGAGCGCCUGAACAGUUGAGAGCCAUCUUAGAACCACCUGCUACAAUGCUGAAUCAUGCUACUUUGGCUACUUCUGAUGGUAUAAACUCACAAGGGCCACUCGUGAUUCCUCCGAAAGGUCUUCUCCUAGUAACCCAUGAACCUAGCUCAGUAAGCACUACACCAGGACCUCACAGCAGAGGAGAUACAUUGAAAGCAAAUUCUCUUGGUGAGAAGGAGGUGGAUCUCUUGCUGCCUGGCACUGGAAGGUUGCGGGUGCAGCUUGGAGUGAACAUGCCAGCACAGGCUAGCCACAAGCUUAUGCAGGACGAGGUUGAUUCUGCAGAGAUUGAACUUUUCGAGGUUUAUGAUGUUGUUCUCUACAUGGGCAUAAUUGAUAUACUACAGGAAUACAAAGUGAAAAAGAAAGUUGAGCAUGCAUGCAAAUCAUUAAAAUUUGACCCUCAGUCGAUUUCUAUUGUUGAGCCCAAAUUUUACGCAAAACGUUUUAUCAAUUUCUUGCACAAAGUUUUCCCUCAGCAACCAUGAAAUUGCCAAGAGCUUGGUCUCGCAUUCCUCCUGUUUAUUAAUUACCAUAUAUCUUCUGGCAAAGGUUUCCCUUUCCUAUUUUAUUUAUUUACUCUUUUUUAUGCACUUAUUUCGGUGAAUGCUUGCUUCAUUGAAGAAAUCAUUUAUUUGUUAAGUUAUGCUGGUAGGAGCGCACAAAAUUAAGCUAGAAUUUCUUUUUCCUUUUGUUCACUGCUUCUACCACUGGCAGCAUAUUUGUUUCUUUGUUUUUCACAAAUAAAUUGUUCGUUUGGCA